UCAUUUUCCGUCCGACGAGCGCCGCGAGCAAUGCGACUUCUCGUUGAGCCCUGUUCCGGUGUGAUGGUCUCCGAGGUGGCGUCUUCGUGCCAGCAGCCUCUAUGCCGGUCGCGCUGAGCCCGGUGUGUUGCGCAGUGUGUGUGCGUCCCAAGUGCGUGUGUGGCACGGCGCCUCGCCGCUGGGCUUGCGCCGAGUACAAGACCGGUAGGACUAGGGCAUAGCGACCGACCACGCCACCGUGAUACGCGCGCCUCGCCCGCUGGAUUAUCGGAGCUUGCCGUCGGGCCCCCGCCGCUGCUUGCUCGGUGUCCUUGCAUCAUCAUCCCAUCCGUCGCCACAUAGUGCUGUUGCUGCUUCCACGGCCCGUGCGCGGCCUUCAGCGUGCUGCACCCGUGCCAGCCGGCUGCUGGUUCGGACCGCCAGGCCGUCUUCUACACGCACAGCGUGCCCCUGAGCCAGUGGACGAGCGAGAACGUGCUGGAGUGGCUGGCGUGCGUGAACAUGCUCGCAUACAGCGAUAUCUUCAAAGCCAAGGAGGUCAGCGGGAGCGACCUUCCCUCCCUGGACAGGGAGAAACUCUCGAACAUGGGGAUCAAAGAAGAGACCUCUCAGACUGUGCUGUUGCGGUGCAUCGGGGAGCUCUGCCGCGGAUCAAACACGAGCUCCUGCUGUGAAGAGGAGAGGAAUUUCCUAAGCUCCUUGCUGAAGGAAGAUGGAACAGGUGCACAGCAGCAGCACCAGCUGGAGUGGCAGAGUUUCCCACCGGGCACCGAGCAGUGUGACAGCUGCCGUCACCUGCUGCGGGGCCUCGCCCACCAGGGGCUCCUGUGCCGCGAUUGUGGCCUGGUCUGCCACCGGGGCUGCGCCGUCACCCGCGGGCUGCCGGCGUGCCGCGCCCAGUUUCUCCGCCAGCGGGCGGCCAUCUUGUCCCUGGCCUCGCUGUCCCGCGACCUCACGACCCAGUUCAGCCUAACGGAGCAGUCCGCUCCCUCGUACCUCCUCCGCUGCAUGCAGGAGAUAGAGUGCCUAGCACACCUCAACUCCAACGUGGACCUCUACAAGGCGUACAGUGCCCCCUGUCUCCCCGACCGCGUCCACGAGGUGGCGCUGAAGCUCCGCGAUGACCCCACCAAGGCGGACCUGACGGGCUACGACAUCCACUGCCUGAUCGGGGCGCUGAAGAAGUAUCUCCGUGAGUUGGUGAACCCCGUCAUCCCGGUACAGUUCUACGACCGUUUCCUCGAGGCUGCUAAGCAUGGUGCCGAAGAGCCACGGAGCGUUCGUCUUCUUCAGCUAGUGCACCAGCUUCCGGCACACCACGAGGCCACGCUGCGGAAUGUGAUGGGACAUCUGUGCCGCCUUAGCCGGCUCCAGCAUGCGCGAGGACACCAGGAGCCACCGCUGGCGUUGGCGCACUCCCUCUGUUUCAUCCUACUGAGGCCGCCCUGGGAAGAGACUCUGCAGGCAGUGCGCAAUGCUAAGCUGCAUGCCCAGGUGUUGGAGACCCUGCUCCUCCGUGGUGACUGGGGCGAGGCGAUGCCGGACUGGGCUGCUCCGGCGCUCCCGCCGCGCCGGCUGUCGCGCUCUGGCGGGCAUGCCGGCGACUGCGCCGCGCCGCGAAGCCUCCAAGAGGCCGAGUGGUAUUGGGGCGACAUCACGCGCGAGGAGUGUUCAGACAAGCUGAAAGACACCGCCGACGGGACGUUCCUGGUCCGGGACGCGCUUGACCGGGGCUCCGGCGACUACACGCUGACCCUGCGCGUGGGUGGCAGCAACAAGCUCAUCAAGAUCUACCACCGGGCUGGCAAGUACGGCUUCUCGGAGCCUCUGACCUUCAACUCGGUGACGGAUCUCAUCAGCCACUACCGCAACGUCUCACUGGAGCACUACAACAACUUCCUGAAUGUGAAGCUGCUCUACCCAGUCUCCAAGUUCCACGACGAGGACCCAGAUUCUGAUGCGGAGAAAGUGAGCCAGCGGCUGAUGGAGGUGAACCGGGAGUACCUGGGCAAGAGCAAGCAGUUCGACCAGUUCCACGACCAGUUCAACCGGCUCAGCCAGGAGCUGCAGAUCAAGAACCAGGCGCUGCAGUCGUUUGCCGAAGCUGAGGCCAUGUUCAUAGAGCAGGCAGACGUGCUGCGACACUUCCAGAAGGAGGCCCCCGACCAUGAGCUCAAGGGGCUGGAGGAAAAUGCGGCUCUUCUUCAGCGGCGGCUCAAGGUGCUCCGAGAGAGCAAGAACAAGCUGGCAGACGACGUGCGGGGCCGCCAGGCAUUCUACAAGCAGCUGGAGCGGGAGAUCAACGGCCUCAAGCUGGAGGUGGCCCAGGCGGCCAAGCAGCGGGAGAAGUGCCAGGCCUGGUUGCAGAGCAAGGGGGUCAAAAAGGACCGCAUCAACAAGCUGCUCCAGGACUCGUCCGGGGAGGCCAAGGAGACCGCCGGCCGCAACAGCCGAGACGAGAGUGGGGAGGCCCCCGGCCUGUACAGCGACAGCACGUGGUUUGUGCAAGACUGCGACCGCAAGGAAGCCCAGCGGUUACUUGAGGGAAGGAGGGACGGCACGUUCCUGGUGCGCCCCAGCAAGAUGCCUGGACAGUACGCCCUCUCCAUCGUGGCGGAGGGCAAGGUGAACCACUGCCUCAUCCAGAAGACUGACCGCGGCUACGGCUUUGCGGAGCCCUACAACAUCCACCCGACGCUACGCAGCCUUGUGCACCACUACGCCCUCACCUCGCUCGAAGAGCACAACCCCCUCCUCAAGACGACCAUGGCACACCCCGUGUUUGCGUCUUCCGGCAGCCAACAGCAGCCGGCGCAGCCCCCCAGCUGAGCUCGAGUGUUCCCCCGUCCGGCCGUGAUCUCUCGGACUGCCAACAAGACGCCCGUCUGUGGCCACCUCCUCGUCUGCAAGAGAGACUGUGUGCGGCGACGGCUGCGGCGCGAGGAAAGACAGUGUGGGACUCUGUCGCCCCGACGACGACGGUUUCGCCGCUGCAACAUAGCCGGGCUUUCGGGCUUAAAAGCCGGAAGCGUACCUGUGAUCAGCACGUUGUUUUCGACAACCCAUCUUUUCAUUGUUUUCUUUUUUCUUUGUUUUUCCUCUCUCGCGAUUCGUGUCUUUGUUCCGGUUCGUUCUCACAUCGGUGGAGUGAGCCUGGCUGGGUUUCUUCUCGAGGCGACGCUCCACGCAACACAAACAUCGUCGUUUUUGGCCCUCGGCCUCGUUUCGUGGUUCCUCCCCGCGCGCGCGUCUUUCACUCUUUCGUUACAUAUAAAUAUACAUCGUCGACACUUUCCGAGGUGUUGUAAAUACAUUUGACGGCCGGGUGGGGACGAGAACCUUCUGCGUGCCGUUUCCACGCGUGUUACAUAUGUGCUUCUAUGUGAGCGGUGGCAAAAACUCUGCUGCCGCGAGGGAACGAGGCUGUGGAUCCAAGUGCAGCAUUGUCUUUUUUCCCAAAAGACUAAAGAGGAGCAUCAUAUUUUUUUUUUAUCACUUUCUUUAUGCUUUAGCAAACAAAAACGACUGCCCGAGCUAUGGUUUUCAGCCGCAUCUAGUCACGCUACUUUUGUGUGAGCAGUCCCGAAAGGAACGAUUCUGCGUAACGGACUGCAUCCGGCGCUUGGAGAGCGUCGGCGCGUGUAAAGGAACAGAGGUGUUACGAACAAAGGGAUAGUUCUCCUUUUUUCGUUUUCUUUGUUUUUGGAAAGAACGAUUGGCAGGGUCUGCCGCCGCGCCGCGGCCAAGGAAAGGGAUUGUGCCGAUGAGCGUGGGUUUUUGGACGGCGAGCCAGCGUCUGCAUUUGACCUCCGAUUGAAAGCUGCUCCGAAAAGUCGCGAGCAGAGCCGCGUCGCACGACUUGACAAUCAGCUUUCCGGAUUGGCUGCCGCAACUUGUCCUUGCCUCGAAGAGGACAACCGUUGUGCCGACGAGGCCUAUACUUAGCUUUGCUUGCGUUGCAUUCUUUGGAAUUGUUGGGCCCUAGGGCAAGCGGCCGGAAAGGUGUCUGUCCAGUCGACGCAGUUUCCCAAAGGCGAAACUGACUCGCAGACACGCUUGGGUCGCUGGCCGUGGUUACCCGUGAUGUGUGCUGCCGAGGUACUUAGCUGGGGCCGCCGUGCUUUACGAAGGCAGUACCGCGUGUCUGCGUCUGUUGAGUAUUUUAUAGGAUUUAUCCAAUGAAACUGGUUGUAAAGACUAAAUGGACCUUGUACAUAUACAUAUAGCUAGGUAUAUUUAGCGAAUUCUUUGUUUUGGCUUUCAAAGGAGCAGGUGUUGACCAAGUGGAAAAAAAACAAGAGUAUGUCUGUGUGUGUAAGCGUGCAGUUGUGUUUAGAAAGUUGAGUUGUAGCAUCUUCGUUUUUUACAUUCUCGAUGUGACAUACAUACAAGCUUUUUUUUUUUUUUAAUACUAGUCAGUUUGCCACAUUGAGUUCACAGCUUUGAAAGCUCGAAAGAGUAUGCCCCCCCCCCCCCCCCCCUUUUCUUUUAAACUGUGGCUCUAUGUCAUAAUUGAAAAUGUUACAAAAAGGCUGUUUAAAAAAGAAACGUGCAGGGUUGUCACCUGGCGCUCGGCCGAAAUGAACCAGAGGUUGAAGUGCCGUAAUGGCACGAUGGUUUUACAAAUAAAUGUCCUUUUUUCCUAAA